AUCUGAGGUCUGCAUAUUAUUAACAUGUUAUUACCAGAGGUGUUUUAGAUAUUGAUCCUGUAUUCGGUGGUAGUUAAACUCUCCCCCGCACCUUACAGGUCCAUACCUGGCUUUCUAAUUUAAUAAACACAAACGAAAAGAAAAAUUGAAAAAUGCCCAAGAGGAAGUCACCUGAGGGAGCUGAGGCUAAAGACACCACUAAAGUUACAAAGCAGGAGGGCACUCGCAGAUCAGAGCGUCUUUCUUCAAAGCCAGCUCCUCCUAAACCUGAACCAAAACCCAAAAAGCCAGCUGCCAAGAAGCCAUCCAAUGACAAAGCGGUAAAGGAGAAGAAGGGCGGAGCCAAAGGAAAGAAAGAGGAGAAAGGGUCUGCGCUCACCGCAAAUGGAGAGACCAAGCCAGACGAGAUCUGUGUCUCACGCUCAUCUGUCAGUGUAUCAUCAUGGAGAAGUUCCGCCCCCUCCUUCCUGUCCAUCCGAGGGAAGUGUGAGACAGUUAGAGUAAAGGGAAACUGAGACAUCCAAGGCUGAGGCUGAGCCAAAAGAGUGAUUAAAGUUUGUUUUCCGGAAUAACAAAGAACAUUUUUUAUUCCUAUUGAGUAUUUUGUAAAAUGCAAACUUAUUUUUAGAUUUAUCAUACUAGAUUUCCUUAGCUAAAUAUUAACUCACACUCCCUGAUGAAGCACCAGUCUCCUUCUCUCUCAUCUGUCAGAAAGAUAGAUUCAUUUCAAGGAAAGGCAACAGUUAUUCUUGAAUGUUUCACCAGCAGCUCGCCUGUCAAAUGGAGCCACUUGGAAUAUGUCACAUCCUAUGAUGUAAAAACAACUGAUUCAUCUUUUGCCACCAGAGUGCAUACCUUUAGUUCCACAUACUAUGUGGUUACUAACCUGUAUGUCGUUGGUGUGUGUUGUCAUUGUAUCUUGCCGUUUUAUUGGUUGAAUUCUUUAAAAGAAAGGGAUACAUAGAGAGAAUGGGAGAUUUACCCCCAAUUUUCUGCUUUUUUUAUCUACUAUGUAGCAUUUUGAGAUUCAAAUGUGUUCUGAUUAAAAUGGCUGAAUUAAACAUUCUUAACAGACAUCCUUAGCAAUAAACAAGAGGUGCUUUGUGCUACAUAGUUAGAAAAACUCUACAACAAAAUUUUAGACACAUGUAAAUGUACACUUAACUGGUUUGAGAUAUUCUCUGUAAAAUGUUUUCAAAUAAAAGACAAAUAAGAUAG